AUGCGUGAAGUGCUGAAGAAAAAUUAUACUCUAUUAUUGGUAUUAUUAGUGGUAUGUCCCAUGACUGGGGCAUGGCGUGCUUUCAAGAUCAUAUUCACACGCAUCGAUUACGAAGUUAAUGAUAAAAUUGUGACUGUUAAUGUUCAGAUACAAAAUGAAACCGAUUCCAGUAUCACUGUCGAAUUCAAAACCCAUGAGGUAUUAAACGAUGUCUAUCUGACGGCAAGCUUGGCCUUGGAAAACGAUAAGGGCAAUUAUUCCACUCUACUAAAUCAUACCGUAAACUUUUGCAAAAUGCUUAAAAUCAGAAAUACGGAUCCAUUGAUACGCAGCAUUUACGAUGAUUUAAUACGACAUGGUAAACUAAUCAGAGAUUGCCCCGUACAGAAGGGUACAUACAGUCUGACAAAUUAUCAAGUGGAUGAGGAAUUGAUGCCCAGCUUUUUACCCGAAACGAAUUUUCAAUUUACUUUGAUUUUAAGUAAACCCCAAAAUGAUGUUAUAUUUCGGGGUAUAAUAUAUGGACGCAUCGAUAAAUCGAAGGGUUUCAACAAUCUCAAAAUGUUUAGUUUGGGUUAA